AUUUGAUUGGCUGCGGCGGGAGCGGGCUGUCCUGCUGGCAGCGGUUACCCGGGUUUCCGGUGCUCGGCCAGAACGGGGAACGCCGUCGGACGUCCGUGCUGAGAUUACAAUGAAGAACCAAGACAAAAAGAAUGGGCCUGCUAAACACUCCAACCCGAAGAGCAGCCCGGGGCAACGGGAACCAGGGCCAGAAGGAGCCCAAGGACGGCCCAGACAGACAGCUCCUGCUGCGGAAGCUGAAGGUUCCACAAGCCAGGCCCCUGGGAAGACCGAGGGAGCACAAGCUAAAGCAGCUAAAGCAGCUCAGUCUGGGGCCGUCUGUGAUGUCUCUGAGGAGCUGAGCAGGCAGCUGGAAGACAUUCUGAGUACAUACUGUGUGGAUAACAAUCAGGGAGGCGCAGGUGAAGAGGGAGCCCAGGGUGAGCCCGCUGAGCCGGAAGACGCCGAGAAGUCCCGAACCUACGAAGCAAGGAACGGGGAGCCCGAGCCAGGCAUUCCAGUAGUCAAUGGCGAGAAGGAGCCCUCUAAGGGGGAGCCUGGUACAGAAGAGAUCCGAGCAAGUGAUGAGGUCGGAGACCGAGACCACCGAAGGCCACAAGAAAAGAAGAAAGCCAAGGGUCUGGGGAAGGAGAUCACUUUGCUGAUGCAGACACUGAACACGCUGAGUACCCCCGAAGAGAAGCUGGCUGCGCUGUGCAAGAAGUAUGCGGAGCUGCUGGAAGAACACCGGAACUCACAGAAACAGAUGAAGCUUCUGCAGAAGAAGCAGAGCCAGCUCGUGCAGGAGAAGGACCAUCUGCGUGGCGAGCAUAGCAAGGCUGUCUUGGCCAGAAGCAAGCUUGAGAGCCUGUGCCGGGAGCUGCAGCGCCACAACCGAUCCCUGAAGGAAGAAGGUGUGCAGCGAGCCCGUGAGGAGGAAGAAAAGCGCAAAGAGGUGACAUCACACUUCCAGGUGACACUGAAUGACAUUCAGCUGCAGAUGGAACAACAUAAUGAGCGAAACUCCAAGCUGCGACAAGAGAAUAUGGAGCUGGCCGAGAGACUCAAGAAGCUGAUUGAGCAAUACGAGCUUCGUGAAGAGCAUAUCGACAAAGUCUUCAAACAUAAGGACCUGCAGCAGCAGCUGGUGGAUGCCAAGCUCCAGCAGGCCCAGGAGAUGCUGAAGGAGGCAGAGGAGCGGCACCAGCGGGAGAAGGAGUUUCUCCUGAAAGAAGCAGUGGAGUCCCAGAGGAUGUGCGAGCUGAUGAAGCAGCAGGAGGCUCACUUGAAGCAGCAGCUUGCCCUGUACACAGAGAAGUUUGAGGAGUUCCAGAAUACACUUUCCAAAAGCAGCGAAGUAUUCACCACAUUCAAACAGGAAAUGGAAAAGAUGACAAAGAAGAUCAAGAAGCUGGAGAAAGAAACCACCACGUAUCGGUCCCGGUGGGAGAGCAGCAAUAAGGCUUUGCUGGAGAUGGCUGAAGAGAAAACUCUCCGGGAUAAAGAGCUGGAAGGCCUGCAGGUGAAAAUCCAGCGGCUGGAGAAGCUGUGCCGAGCCCUGCAGACAGAGCGCAAUGAUCUGAACAAGAGGGUACAGGACCUAACUGCUGGUGGCCAGGCCUCCCUCACUGACAUUGGUACUGAGCGGAGGCCAGAGGCUGCCACUGCCUCCAGGGAACAAGGUGUUGAGAGUCCUAGAGCUCAACCAUCCAGCUCUCCAAGGGCCACAGAAGCUCCUGGCUGCCCUGGAGCACCAAGCACAGAAAUAGCAGGCCAAACAGGGCCCCGGGAGCCUACCUCUGCCACCGCCUAGAGGUCAUGGUGCUUGGGCAUGCUUGGAAGGGAGCAGCAGCCCAGUCAGGCCUGGUCCGUUCAAGGCUCCCACGCUGAGCAGCCCAGUGCUGAGGCCAGGGUGCUCUGACCUGGAGGGCAUUGGACACUUUGCAAUUUUGAAUUUUGUGGGUUAGUCUUACAUGGAUGGGGCAGGUGUGCAAGACCUCAUGCAGUUACAUAGCUGACACCUGUAGGUGUUCUGUGGACUUUGGUCAAGGGUGAGGUGUACAGAUGAGGUUGGCGACUUCUCUGCCAACUGAAGAGUCUUAUGAGAUGUCAUCUGUAGCUGCCUUCACAGUAAGCCGGCAGGUCAAAUGACUUGAACAUUUUCCUGCCUGGUAGGAGGUUCAGACCCCUCUUGGCCCUUUUCAGAGUUCGUGACAAGUGAAAACACCCAGGCCUGGACUCCUCUCUUUUGUAAGCAGAACUUGGGCAGUUUGAGCUCCUGUCACUGCCCUGGCGGUUCCAUUGCUUCUCUUAACCUGGGAAUGGUAUCCCUGGCAGCGCCUUUGUGGGAAACAGCUAGCAGCUGGGCUCCCUCCCUGCCCAGGACCUGGAAGCUGGAGGGUGUGCCUGUGUGGGAAGGGCCCCUCAGGCAGCUUUCCCCCUGUAGUGCCAGGGCCAGGCCAGUGCUGCUUCUCAGUUCUCAGUAGCCUUAUCAUUCACAGGUGCCUCUAGCCUGCACAAUGAUUGACAAAAGGUCACCCAAAGGAUUUUUUGGAGGGUUUUGUUUUUGUUUUGCAUUAGAGUUUGUAUUAAAGAUCUCCGAAGGAAGAAAGGGAUACUCCAGCAGUGGUCCCAGGUGCCUGGCCAGCCUGUCAGGGUCCUUUGCCAUACGGGUGACAGGGUGUCCUGUUUGGGAAGAUGAGAUGAUGAAGCGAAAGGAAGAGGCUUCUAAUGGCUUUGCCACAAACUUGCCUAUGGGUGUCAGCCUGGGAGGCUACCACUAAUUCCCGUCUCUGUCUCCAUGUGCCCCUUGCUGGGCCCAAGCUCCAGAUGCCUCUUGGCUUAUGGACGCUUUUUUUGCUCCUCUCCCCUCCCAACUUAGAAGAGCAAUUUUUGAGGCCUGCUCUGGUGCCAUUUCCUAGCACUCUCUUGGCCAAAAAAAUGAGUCCUUGGAUUUCACUUGUGCCUGAGCCUCCGAGAGGUAUCUGGUAGGUGAAUAAGUAGUAAGGACAGACUGACCCCAAGACCGAAACAACUGCAGGGAGUUGUUUGCCUUCUCCCCGCCCUCCCCCCAAUGUUCUGUGUCCUUUGUGGCCGCUCUGUGCAGGAGUUGCACGCCUGUCAGGGUGUUGGCCAGUUUACACAGCGGCUUUCUGGAGUAACAGUUGGAAGAUGAGGCUCAUUUUGCCUAAGCCAAGUGGACCAUAUUGGAUGAAAUUUUGCUUCUUGUAUUUCAACUAUUGCAUUAUCUAUCCUGCAUGCUCCUGUCUUUUGCAACUAGCCCCUGAGCCCCCACAUACACAUACACACAUUCAGACUGAGCUGGGUGUGUGGUGGAUUCCUGUAAGCCCAGAACUCAACAGUAUGGUGGACUCCCGACCAGUCUGGGCUUAGGAAGCAGGACCCAUUUUCAGUAGACCAAAAGCUAAAAGUCUAAGGGAGAACAUCACGUGCUUAUAAUGAGAAAUGACAAAUUAUUGCCCCAUCCCCAUGUUGGACACCUCCAUUUCGAGUACUUGCUGCCCUGGUAUAUUUGUUCACUCAGGGUACCCAGGAGCUGUGUGAAUGUUGAGGCUUUGUGAUCUCCAGCUGGGAUCUGUUGUCCUGUGGAAUUUCUCCCAAGGUUUUUUUUCCCCCUUGGAAAUCAGUGUUCUUCCUGAUGCAGUAAGGCCUCGUGACCCCUAUCCAGGCUGAGAUCUGAACUGUUAACCCAUGGGGCUUGCUAGGUCGCAGAGGUGUAAGGAUAAGGCAUCUUCUGCCUCCUUGAAAAUGGAGAAGCCUGCUGUGGCCCACAGAAUUGGCCUGCCUCACUUCAGCUACCUCUUAGAGCCUGUGCAGGGGUUGCAGCCAUUGGGUCUCUGCUAGGCUAGGAGGCUACAGAGCAUCAGUAGAACCUUGGCUAGUGUCUCCAUCCACUUGUAGGCAACCAGGGCGAUGUAUAGAUGGUAACCAUUUCCUUCUCUUCCUCUCCACUGACCAAAUUUAUUUUUUGUUUUUUUUUUUUGUGACAGGGUUUCUCUGUGUAGCCUUGGCUGUCCUGGGCUCUUUGCAGACCAGGCUGGCCUGGAACUCCCAGAUCUGCCUGCAUCUGCCUCCCUGAGUGCUGGGACUGAAGGCGUGCACCACCUUGUGGCUCUUACUUUUGGUUUUGUUUUCUUUUUCCACUGACCAAAUCUUAACCGUCACCAUAGCUGCUCUGCUUUCCAAAGUCAGCCCAGGAGCCUGGGCCAGCUGCAGGGAAAUGGCCUGUCUGUGAGUGAGGGCCAGUGCCUUCCUCACUUGGGUGAGUCCCAUGCACAUGACCUCAUUUUAGGACCAAGAGCUGUGUUGGUUUCUUAGAUUGUUAGCUUUUUUCCUAGAGGACCAUAGUGGGUGCAGCUUAGAGCCCAGGCCCUUGGCUUACUUGCCAACAGUGAUAUUUAGGUCCUUGUCCAGUUGAGAGCUUUGUGUACACCAUGUCAGCAACCGUUUUGUCUUUGUUUUCCAUGAGGCUUCUGGACCAUGGGCAGAGCUCAGGCACUUUGUAUAAGAAUGUUUUUCUGUAAAGAUGGGUUAUUUAACCCUCCCCAUCAUGUUACUCCUAGUGAGGCCGGUGGAGCCCGGUGUCUGCAGGAAGGCCGAGGCCUCCUGAGAGCUGCUCCAGCCCUCCCACUUCAGUAGCAGGGUGGAUUGCUGGGCAUCCUAUCCCUCUUGACCAGUGGGGUAGGAGGGCAGCCUCUGUCCCCAUAAUUGCUUUCCUUUGCCACCCACACUUGUUUAAAGUUGUUCUGACAGCUUUUCCCCCUCCCUUUCUCCCCUUACCAAUCUACUUUUGGUAUUCACAAAAGCCAGGGACUUGAUAUUGAUGUAUUUUACAACACAUUAAAUAGUCUGUUGCCUUACUUGUA